AGGAGCCGCGCUUUUGAAUGGAAAAACGACAGGAAAGAACAUUUUUGUGCUCCAAAAUUUUUUCAGACAAAAAAAUUCGAAAAAUCUGAAAUUUAAUUAUAUUAUUCACGAUUUUCGUACUAUGUAGCGAGAAAACACCCUAGAAACUCACUAUUUUAACUAUUUUUCCCCGUUUUUUUAUUUCACUGAUAACAUUUUCUCACUGAUACCGCCACAAUCAAUUAUUCAACCAUGUGGGCGACCGGAGCAAUCGUCUGCUCGCCAGUAUUCCGGAUUUUGUCGACGUGUUGUCCGAUUCGUCGUGGCGUGCCAACGUCGAAUGGGUACCACCCUCGCCCAAAACACGUGGACAUUGGAAAUGGCGCCGUACCAAUUCUAUCGUCAAAACCCAUCACUGUACAGCCUACAAACAGCGACUACUACGAACCAGUUAACAAUGGAACACUUCCUUUGUCUUCAAGUGGUGCCCUUAUAAAGCAGUAUGGAAAUAUUCACUUCCGAGUUGAAUAUGACUUUGAGCAAUCCAAGCUCUCCGUGACUAUCGUCAGUGCUUCUGAUUUACCCGCAAUGGACCGGAAUGGGAUGUCAGACCCUUAUGUUAAGGUGUACGUUCUGCCAGAGAGAAAACAGAAAUUUGAAACCAGAAUCAUCAGAAACACACUGAAUCCCACAUAUAAUGAAACGUUCCAAUUUUCAAUCCCGUUCAACGAGCUCCACUCAAAAACUCUCAUGUUGGUGGUAUAUGACUAUGACCGAUUAUCGAAGGACGAUAAGAUGGGUCAACUGUCCGUGCCACUGGAGUCAAUUGAUUUUGGAAUUACUACUGAUAUCGAACGACCUCUUCAGAAGCCCGAGAAAGACGAUGAGAAAGAAUGCCGACUCGGUGAUAUUUGCUUCUCCACUCGGUACCGACCUGCAACCGGUACAGUAACCCUUACGAUCAUGGAGGCCAGGAAUUUGAAAAAGAUGGAUGUUGGUGGUUCUUCAGAUCCAUACGUAAAAAUCUACUUACACCACGGACGAAAGCUGUUAAGUAAGAAAAAGACGUCGAGAAAGUACAAAACCCUGAAUCCCUACUACAAUGAGAGUUUCCAAUUCAAAAUUGAGCCACAUAUGAUUGAGAAAGUUCAUCUGAUUGUGUCCGUCUGGGAUUAUGACAAGAUGAGCAAGAACGACUUUAUCGGAGAGGUGACGUUGGGCUCCAAGCAUUUGAAUUUACCGCAGAUCACCCACGCGUGCAGCGAACAGUGGGCUGAAAUGAUGACGUCACGGAGGCCUGUAGUUCAGUGGCAUACGUUACAAGAACGGAUGGAAAAGGAGAAAAAGAAGGAUGAUGACUAAUGUUGAGAAGCGCUCCAUUGCGAAUUUCUUGAAUUUUUUCCGGGUCUCGUUAGGUUUUGACGUGUUUUCUGAAUUUAUCCGUAUUUAAGAUAAUGCGUUUGAGUACUUAUGGCGCUACAGUAAUCUAAACGUUUUUUUUUUGUGAAAAAAUCAGUUGACAGGUUUCUGGCAAUAGUUUUGAACAAAUUUCGUUCGUAAAACUUCCUAAACAGAUUUUGUGGAGCUUUCUAGCAAGUUUUUGAACAUGUUUGAGAUUACUGUAGCGCCAAAAGUACGUAUAUUUGUUGGAAAACUUUGAAAUUUUAGUACCGCUAGCUAAUUUUUUGAAAUUAUAAUUUUAUAAACUACUCGGAUUACUGUAGCACCGAAAGUACGCAAAUACCACUCAAAACAUAACAUCUUACAAAAAAUGCAGAAAAAACAAAAAAUCCUAACGAGACCUGGAAAAUCGAAAAAUUAACCAUUUCUCACGAUAAAUAAUAUCUUUGUAAAUUCAUAUCGCCCCCACUAUUUAGUUAUUUUUAGUCGUGCAUUUAUUUUUUUGGAUAUUAUAUAUUGCCAUUUUCCGGUGCAUUUUUUUGUAUAUAUUUGUUGGUUGAACGUGUAUCAUAAAUGAUGUCAUUGGAAU